AUGGCUGCAGGAACGGCUGUUAUCGACCUCUGCUCCGACUCGGACUCAGACUCAGGCUCGGACGGCUUUCCCAAGUCUCCGGUCUACCAUGGCGUGAAGGCUUUGCCAAAGCCAACGGUAAAAGCACCUCUAAGACGCGAGCAGAAGCCCAGGCCAGAUGUUCGCUCCCGGGCCCCGCCGGCUGCCCCCAAGCCGGCCCGCGUCAACAGCACCUCCAUUCUGGACUCGCUCAAUCCAGCACAGCGCCGUGCCGUCGUCUCGUCGGCCAACACGGUAGCCAUCCUGGCCGGUCCCGGAAGCGGAAAGACGCACACGCUGACAUCGCGCGUGGUCUGGCUUGUCGACGCCCUCGGCUACCGGCCGCAGGACGUCAUCGUGGCCACCUUUACCGUCAAGGCCGCCCGCGAGAUGAAGGAGCGUAUCGGCAAGGUCCUGUGCGACGGCCGCGAGCGCAGAAUCGUCCUCGGCACCUUUCACAGUGUGGCCCGUCGAUACUUGGCUACGUACGGCAAGCGGAUCGGACUCAGCCAGAAGUUCAGCAUCAUCGAUGACGCCGACUCCAAGGCCAUCCUCACCCGCAUCAUCAAGCGUCUGCAGGUCCAGCUGGACGCGGCCGGGGCGCGCUCUUGGAUCAGCAAGAAAAAGUCCAAGGGCAGCUUGACAGAGGAGGAGCCGGCCCCGAAGAAGCCGAGCUUCCCGUCGGCCGUGCCGCGCGUCGAUCCCGUCAAGAACCUGGAAAAGGUCUACGGCGAAUACCAGGCUCACCUGGACCAGCUGAACCUGCUCGACUACGACGACCUGCUCGUCAAGUGCGCCGACCUUUUGCGGCUACACCCCGGCUGCGUGGCCAACGUGCAGGCCGUCCUGAUCGACGAGUACCAGGACACCAACGGGAUCCAGUUCGAGCUCAUGAAGCUGUUCGCCCAGGCACGCAACCGCAUCACCGUCGUGGGCGACCCCGACCAGAGCAUCUACGGUUGGCGGUCGGCCGAGAUCAAGAACCUCUUCCGCUUUCUCCAGGACUACCCGGGCACCGACGAGAUCUCGCUCGAGGAGAACUACCGCUCGUCGCGCUCCAUCCUGGACACGUCCCUGCAGGUCAUCCAGCAAGACCAGAAACGCUACCAGAAAAGCCUGCUGCCGGUCCAUAAGAAGGGCACCCGGCCGGUACUCCGGAGGCUCGAAGACGCCCACAAAGAGGCCAACUGGAUCGUGUCGGAGAUCCGCAGGGCCAUGCUGAUGUGCGGCAAGCUGCUCGACCACAGCGAUGUGGCCGUUCUAGUCCGCUCGGCAGCCCUCUCGCGGCCGAUCGAAGCGGCCCUGAACAAAGAGGGCGUUCCGUACCGCAUGAUAGGAGGGAGGAAAUUCUUUGACCGAGCAGAAAUCAAGCUCCUUCUCGACUACCUACGCGUCAUCUACCAACCCGACAACAACGAGGCCCUCUCACGAGUCAUCAACGUACCGAGACGCGGUGUUGGCGUCAACUCUCUAAAGUCCAUGCUCGAGCAGGCCGAGUGCGAGAAGAUCAGCCUCUGGACGCUGGUGACUGGGUAUCUCCGAGGGGACCGCCAAGUCCAGGUGAACCUGAAGAAUGCGGAGAAGAGGCUCAACGAGGGCCUAUUAGGCCUCGUGAACGGCAUUCGAGCCAACACCGAUACGGGAGAGGAGACUCGAGACGAUCAGCCCCGCAAGAAGACGUUUACGCUCAUCCAAAUCAUCGAGUCUAUUCUCGUCAGGCUGAACUUUAGGGACUACAUCGAAAAGACAUAUGCGCCAGAAGACGAGGCACGAUGGGCGAACGUGGACGAGUUCAAGAACCUUGCGCGCGAGUUCAUGGCCAAGGUCGGGGAGCUGGAGGAGGAGGACCAGCUGCCCGAGGUCGAGGGCGAAGAGCAGGAGAAGGAGACGAGCGUGCUGGGCAAGUUCUUGGCUACCGUCAGUCUCGUGUCGGACGCCGACAAGGCGUCUGAGGAUGACAAGAAGCCAAUGGUGACGAUAUCCACGAUCCACGCGGCAAAAGGUCUGGAAUGGCCUGUAGUGUUCAUUCCGGCUGCAUACGACGGCUCGCUGCCCCAUAGCCGAUCGGAAGACACGGACGAGGAGCGCCGUCUGCUGUUCGUGGCCAUGACUCGAGCCAAGUGCCUGCUGAACAUCAGCUAUUCCGUUCGCAGCAUUCACUGGCGCGAGAACGACGACCAGGGUCGCGAUAACUACGAGCAAGACCUGUCGAUGUUUCUCUGCCCUGUUCCGUCGGCCUGCUUCGCGGAAAAGGGGCCGUCGUAUGACAGAGGCCUCCUGGAGGAAAUCGGUGAGAUUCUCGGCCGUAAGGUACCCUCAGACAGUGACAUCUACAAGACACUGCCAAUAGGAUCGCGGCUGGAGGACGACCAGUAUCCCAUCGACCUCGAUGCCGCGGUCCGGUAUCGCGACGAAGACGAGUAUGGCGGCCGUUCUGGUGGUGGUCCACGAACGAAGCGACGGAAGACGUUCGAAGCAACGGGCGGCAUAUACGCCGGAUCCGGUGCUGGGGCUGUGUCCUGGCAACGGGGCUACUCGACCACGAUGGAGUCCAUGCCUGGAUUUACGACGGCCAGCGCCCAUCAGACAGCACUCUUGGCUGCCGAGGCUGCUGCUGCUGCUGCUGAUGGCGCUCAAGCAAAGGCCAGUGCGAGAGAAAGGCGUGCAGCAGUGCCUGCUAGCCAGCAGACGAUCACCAUGAGUUUUGGUCUCACCAGUGCAGCAGCAUCGGACUGCACCCAGAUGCCCCCGAAGCCAUCUGGGUUUCUGGCCGCCCACCAGCCAAGGGCAGUGGUUGUGCCGGCAGGCAUUCCUCCAGAGCUGACCAACCGCAGGCUCGGAGGGAUCAUGCCGAAGAUCAAGGCCGGCCACCCGUCAGUGACCAAGACCGGCUCGGCCAGCAACUUCUCCGACCAGAGCCGACCAGACAAGCGCUACGCACACUUCUCCAGCUCGCCGACACGGCCUGACAGCACGGUUUUCCUGCACGAACCACAAGCACCGCCGCCACCACAGCCGCGGUUUGUGCCGCAGACAACGCGAUUUCAUAAUCACUACGUCCGACCUGAGCCGAAAGACAGUGGCUACGGUUAUGCUGGGCGCGGAAAGGAAAACCACAACAUAACCAACGAACACGCCGGUGUCGGCACGGCUGCCCCGGCGACAGCCACGAGGCCAGCAGCAAGCCUGCACAACACCAGCUUUGCACAGGCAAAUGCCGGCGUCGCGCCCUUGGACAAGCUGCGACAGCCGUUCAAACCACCGAGUGUCAGGCGGACGUAG